AUGGGUCCAUUUAGAAGAACAAGAUGCAAGAGUGGUGCUUCUAAAAAAAAGGCAAAGGCAAGAGCUGAAAAACUUAAGAAUUCUCUACGAGGAUCAAUGAAUAAAUAUUUGGUUUCAAAUAAUAACAUCCAUGAAGAACCAAUGAAUGACAGUGAUGAAGAAUGGGAAAAUAUGGUUAAUGAGAUGGAAGAAAAUGGUGAUUUUUUGUUGGAGAAUGAUGAAAAUGCACAUGGUCAAAAUGAAGAAGCAAUGGGGCAAGAAAUGUCACCACCAAAUACACAUGAUGUCCAGCGAGAAGAAGAUCCAAGUGGGGAAGAAUUAUCAUUAUCUGAUACAAAUGAGAUUGUGCAAGAUGAAGUUGAACAUAAAGAACAUGGACCAGUGAAUAUUUAUGAUCCGGGAAAUUGGGGUACCAAUAUUAGCCCAAGUGUGAGAGAUAUCUUGGUAAAGAAAGGUCCAAUAAGAGAAAUAGAUAAGAAUUUUUGGUUUCCUCUUGAUAAAUAUAACAGAUGCUUCAAUCAUGAUCACUACAUACGAAAGAUGGAGAAUGGGGAAAGUUGGGACAGGAAAUGGCUAGUGUAUUCAAGUAUCGUGGAUAGAGUUUUUUGUUUUUGCUGCAAGUUAUUUAAACAAGAUGGAAAAAAGUUUCAGUUAGAUACAAAAGGUUCUAAGGAUUGGAAGAACGUUAGUGCUAAACUUAGCGCCAUGAAACUUCUUCAAGACAUAUUAUAA